CAGAGCCAUUCAACUUAUUGGAUGUGUUUCCAGAACUGCUCUUUUUAGCUCCGUAGUUGUUAAAAAUGUAGAUCAAACAAGAGGCAAGCAACAUCAUGAUGAACAAGAUAAUUCUUGUUGGCGAUGCGGGUGUCGGCAAAACGAGGUUGGCCCAGGCACUGGCACGGUCCCAAGAACUUCUAGAUGCAGAGGAGGACCACUUCUAUGCUGAAGACGACGAGUACGUGCCAACGCCUGCACAGACGCAGACUUUGCUAGCUUCCUCGUUGGCUCUCCACGAUUGUGGCUUCGGUGGAGAGGACGUGCAUCAGGCUUUAGCUGGAUAUUUCAAGGUAUCUAUAAGAGUAUUUCAUUUAAAAAUCGCCUUUGUUGGAACUGGAAGUUGUCGUUGCGUAUCUUCAGACCGAAAGCUUAGCUGGAUUAUAAUAUAUUUUGGAGAUCAUACCUACGUAUGAAAAGUGACGACGAGAACGAUGACGUAAGACUGAUUGAGCUUGAGCCCGCUUCGGAUCCUUAGAUUAGUCCCUAAAAUAAAUCAUACCUACCAACCAGGAUGCCAAACUCGCCUUACUGGUCUACGACGCCUCAGCCGGCCUCGACUCGUUUGAGGGCGUGCAACAUUGGUUCGCGCAAAUUUUAAUGAACCCCGAAGAAUGUCCCGGCUGUAGAGCCAUAGUCGUAGGCACACACGCUGAUGUUGAAGCCGAUGGUGCUGACGCAGGAACAGGGAAUGCUAAAGACCUCAUUCCCGAAGUGGAGGCCUUCUGCAAGGAACGGAGUUUGCCGCAUUUUUUGGUCUCUAGUCGUACCCGCACUGGAAUCCUUGAUUUGCGGGUUGCAGUUUUUGCCGCUUUCGGUCUCGUUGCGCCUCAACAAUCUACGCAUCUUCAAUCUCGGAAAGAGAUGAAAUCUCGAAUGCGGCAGCCCACGAGUUACUCUUUUUAUGGCCUUGAGCUUGAUGUAGUUGAUCAGCAAUAGUUCUUGGUAUGAGACUGUGUGCUGUUUUACUGUAGUUGCUGGGGAGGCUUCUAGUAGUGCCAGGUGGUCAACAUCGCCAAUCCUUCUGUCUAAGACUUAGGAGCUGGAAUCGUCAACAAUGCAGAGGAGGCAGAACUGGCAAAGGAAAUGCUACAGAGAGAUUGCAGGAAGAAGGACAUUUUUGCCCCGAAGCAAAGUGAAAAGCCGCCUGUGCAGAAGGUAAAACGAAAUAUCAUUAAGGACAGCCUUACUACUUGUUAUACUACUUGUAAAAGUAUCCAGUUGUUGAUAUUAAUGAGAAAAAUGAAUUCUUCUGGUAUUUGGUUUGGUAGCCUGAUUUUGAUCAUAAGGGAAAACGGGAAGAGAAUCCUUGUGAUCGAAUUCAGGUUACCAAAUCCCACUCAACUUGCAAGGUGAAGAUUGCAGUUUUGGGCGCAUCUGGGACGGGAAAGACCAGUCUUAUUCGCAGAUGGAUUGCUGCUGAUGAUGGAUACCAGGAUCAGCUUAACUACGUAUCUUUCUUCUACCGUUCCUUGUUCUCUAUCUCCCAUAGUACCACUUGCUAGAAGAUUUUUCGCUCUCUGUUCUUCAUCAAGAAGACACGAAAAAGAAUCAUUAUUUAUAAAUAAGUAUGACCAUUUGCUAAUAUUCACAAUAUAAUUUCUCCAAUCAUUCUCCAUCCAUUACCACAACAACUUACUUCCACCAGGGCCGUGGUCAUCCUUCUCAGCGUUUGCUCCGGAUGCCACAGCAAGAUGUUUUGCUAGACUUUUGGGAGGCUUCUAGCAGCUCUUUUCUGGACAACACAGCUGUGCGAGGAUCUGUUCUACGUGGUUCAGCUGCUGUCCUGCUCGUCUACGACGCGACCGAUCCAAACUCUCUUCACUACUUGCGCUUAGUCCUGCAUGGUGGGUAUUUAAACGCAGUUGCGGAGAAUCCAGCUUUAAGGGUUUCCGAAUUACAUCCCUCACUACCAUCCUUGGCUCCUUUUCAACGGGGAAAUAGGUCAAGGAUGUUCUGAAGAAUGCAACUCGGAAACCUCUAACAUCUGCUGGUGAUGAAAGUGAAACAGCCACUUCCUUCAGUACUAAGCCAGUCCUCAACUUCGUCGGCAAUAAGGACGACGUCUUCAGACCGGGCCGUAGCAGCGUUGUCGAUGACGCUGAAAACUUGGCGCGUUCCAGCUGUGUUGGCCACUUGUGCUGUAGUGCCAUGAUUGACGACGACUUGAGCCUGGACCACAUCCUUCAGGACAUCGUGCACCAAAAAAACUGCGCAGAACAAGUGGAACAACUGGGACUUGGUAAUAGUCCUGGAGAUCGAGAUGCUGUAGUUGUUGGCCAAGUUGGAGUUGGUGAAGGGGGAGAUCCCUUGUUAGAAGAUGCUGCCAAUGAUGUAAAUGUGGAUGAGAUGAAAGCACAAGUCACUGUUUUGGAACAUGCACUGGAGGCAACGCAAAAACAACUCAUGGUGUCGAAAUUGACUCUUGUUAAGGCUAUAUGUUCGGUUUGCUAACCAUUGUGAUAAUAAUUACGUGCUUUUAUUUCUAGUUCUACUUAGUUGCACUCUCCAAAAUCUACCUCUUGUCAAUCAAUUAUCAAUCAAUCAAUGUACAAGAAGAUUGAGGGGUCAUCUAGAUCUAGAUCUUCUUCAUAAUAAAUAUAAAUGAUCCUUUUUGGUGUCUCUCUUUGUUCUGGACUUGCUCAAAAAUCAGGGACAUCGACGGACAACUUCCUAACCUUUACAUAAUGAUCCUUUUUGGUGUCUCUCUCUAAUCCAAAACAGCAGGAACCAUCUCUGCAGAGCCGAAUGCAGAGUCUGGGACUCACCGAGUCGAACUUUGGUGAUGAGCAUCUUCUCCUAGACAAGGUAGGGACGAUUGCAGUUGCUGUUGCAGGCGAUGAAGAAGCUCGCAUGUCGAAUCCUAGACCGCACUCACCACCAGAGUUCUUGGUUGAUGGUCUUGUUGGCGAUGAAUCCCAAUCCAGCGACCUACUAGAGAACAAGGGAGAUCAGGUGCCUUCAAAAAUUUCUGCCAAACAAGACAACAAGAACACUUCUCCAUCCACGACUAGUAAAGUCAAUCUAUUACAAGCAGGAGGGGGAGACCUAGAAGUUGCAUCUAUUAACGUUCCAGCGUCGUCAAAACGGAUUUUGAACAACUCGUCUGUCGUGAACAAUACACCAAGAGCAGGUAGAGGUGCAGCUUCCUCCACUUCUGCUGGAGCUUUCCCACGUCUCCAGGAUGCUCCGAUGCCAUCUAAGCGUAUCCUGAUAUCGACACUGACAAAAACGACAGCGAAUCAUGUUGACGUCGAAGGUGGACCCGACUUGCAAUCUGCUGCCUUAGAUGGGGGUAAGACUUCGAAGAUCACGGCUCCAACAUCAGCAAGAACCGUGAGAACUGUAAACGCAACUACUCCACAACAAGUGGAGAGUCAACCCGUUCUUGUCGCGGACAAUACUUGUCGAUCUACAAAUGCAGCAGGGGCGGUAGCCGCGGUAACUUCUACAUUGAACGAUACGGAUACCACAACCACCGCUUCCUCAAAACAAGCUGACAAGACGAUUCUUGUUGGGCAGGCGCAGAGGGAAUUUGCAGCAGUCCUAGAACAGCAGAGACUUCAGCGGGAGAUGGAAUCUUUGGAGAAAGCGUUGGCAGAAGCUCGUGCUAGCAUUAAGGCUACAAGAAAUCUCCCAUUUUCAGGGGCAUCUUCUUGGUCCCGUUUUUCGAGGGAAAACCAAACGAGACCCAAGAUGCUGCUCAAGAUGGACGACUUCUCUCGACUUCUAAUAACAUUGCAGCUUUGCAACAGCAAAAAGGCUGUUCUCAAAAGGCUUCCUCUGCUCCAUCUGGUGGUGGAUCCGGUGCACCAGCAGUAAAAGUUGAGUCUAGAACAAGCUGUGGUUCGUCCAUGGAUCAAACCGUGUUGAUGAGCGCGGAUGAGGAGGUGAACAAGAGCGAUAUCGACGAGGUUGUUUCAUCUCGAGAACUAGACCACUCGACCACGACCGUUCCACCUGGUGCCUCCCGGAAAGGUAGCUGUGAGGCUUCGAAAGAGCUCGAAACGCUGGAAAUCGAGGUCGAACUAGUGGAAGCAGAAGCAACGCCAACAGAAACGGUGAGACGAGAUGAUGAAGUAGAUCCAACAUCAUCAUGUGGCAAAAGUAGCAGUGGCACCAGUCGUGCAGCAACUAGAGCUACUACUGCAGGAGCACCAGUACAAGUAGACCUACUAGAACUACAAUUAGAAAACUCCAGCAAACCCUCCACUUCAAAGAAUGCGUCAGCAGCGAUGAACGUUGAGCAGAUUGUGAAAAUGGAUAUCAGCUGUACAGGAAGCACAUCUUCAGGAGGUGGUUGUACUUCAUCUUCUUCUGCCCAGCACGAGAUGAAUGGUGGAGCAACUACUUCUAUGGAUUCCUCGCAAUCGGCUUCGAAACAAGAUGAAUUUUGGUCUGCUUCAUCUCCUUCUAAGAACACCAUUGCCAGCGUCGCCACCAGCAACUCGUCUUCGAAGCAAAGCCAGGCUAGCAGUUGUAAGUCUUCGGGUUUCUCAACAGGUACUGCUCGCUCAUCCGACGAGCAAAGCAAGAAUACCAGAAAGAAUAAAUCAAUGACUCUCGCUUCUAUGGUAGCAGCAGCGCACGAUUGCAGCACCGAUGAGGAGCAGCAAUUGAGCCGAUUGCUUGGGCCACCUGCUGCGACAGGAUGUUCAGGAGAGCCUGCUAAUGGUAAGGGGUCAACGAUGGGUGCGAUCCGUAGUAGCCGCACUUCGACGUCGCAUCUACUCCAGCCCACUGCGUCGUCUGCGAAGAAUAAAGAGCAAUCUGCUACUACAGCGCGAAUCAAUAACAUCAAAGCGGUAGUGGAACAACAGGCCACCACUUCCAUGAUGCCUGCCACGACAAGUUCUAAUACUUCAAUCACCAAGAGGAAGACUGCAGCUACUUCGUCUCUUUCAAGCGAAGGCCCGCGAGCGGAUGUUGCACGUUCGACAGCAGCUUCUAAAGGACGAAACACCCCUGCGAAGAAUAAAGGUGACCACGUUGGUAUCCAACAUCAUGUCGAGAACAAGAAAACCACUCCCAGGACUUCCUCGAGCACUUCGACCAGCCGAACUGGUCCUGGUUUUCGAAGCACAGGACGAGGCGGAGGAGCUUCGGAGCGAUCCUCUUCAGCCGCGCCCAGCUCUUGUCCCGGCAAUGGCCGUGUGAAGGCGAGUCGCUUCGCAGAUCCAGAUCCACUGUGGAGUGCAAGGAGAUGUUCCAAUAGUAGAGACGUCAUAGCUGGUGGAGUAUCUACUUCAAGCAAAUCUUCAUCUUCGACUUCUCAGAAGACGAGUAAGAACAGCGUUGUCUCUUCUUCCAAGAAUACUUCUUCCAAGAACACGUCUAAUGAUGGAGGCGCACCGCUUUCUGCGCGAUACAAUAAAGCGCAUCUAAAUGCAAUUCGGGCACUACCGUUGAGUGCCAGGGGUGUCGUGCGCGAUAGCGCGUCGACGUCUUCGCGUUCAUCAUCGAAGCAAGGACCAGCACCGUCUGCUUCUGCUGCAGCUGUUGUAGGAGGAACAGCAUGCUCAUCCACUGUGUCUAGUACUAGUUGCAAAAGUAGCAAGCAAACUGCUGUUUUCGACACGGAGGAACCGCCGAGCACCAAGUGGACGGAUUCUAUGAAGAAGCAGUUGGAAAGCGCAAUGAGACUGAGUCAGGCGAAGGCCAGUCGUUCCAGUAGAUCCUAUUCGCCUGACGCAAGGCGUCGCAGGCGCAAAAAUCUGGAGAAUGAUUCUGAAUUGGAGAACAAACCUGCGUUAUUGACAAGAAAGAGCGCUACAAGAAAGAACAACAUUGUGCAGGCACCGCCAUCUGCGCCGCAGCAACAGCAGCAGCAAGUGGGUUAUAACCGUGGAGGUGCUGUCGUUCAAUCUCCAUUACAAAUGGUUUCAUCUGCUGGUCCUCUGACAGCACCGGCUCAUUCUGUUGCUGUUGCUCCGAGCAGCACCGGCUCCGCAGGCGUCGGCAUUAGCAACUUGCGUCAGGCAAUGCAGCGCGCGUCCGCGAUGACCAUCAGAGUUGCACCUGCUGCAACUACUGCUUCAGCUGCGGCAGCAGCUCCAGUUCGCUCGCAACCACAUGUCGUACAGCGGCAGUCAUCCGUGCUGCAGAUGCAGCCUGCUCAGGUGCCUAUCGUGUAUGGCAAUAGGACGAUGCCCGUGCAACACAUGUUGCCGGUCACGGGAAAUGCAGCUAGUGGUUUGCUCCAGGAGGCAAAUGGCGUUUUUGGCUCAGCCUAUCAUCGUUGUGGAACAGCAGCAGCAGCAGUUCCGGGAGCAGUUACGACGAGAGUGAGUGGAAACAACAUCAUCUCCACCAUGUCGUCAGGAGUGUAUCCCUCGAAAGACGCUUCCUCUUCUGGUGGCCCAACGAGUUGCUCAAACUCGAAAACAACAACGAACUCUGUGAUGCAGCUAUCAUCGAGUAAGUUAAGUAGUCGCGCAGCUGGAGGUGGAUGUAGUUCAAGUUCUGCAGGAGAAUACUACUAUAUCUCUUCAUCGGACGGUGGCCGUCAAACGGCAGGAAGUCGUGCAUAUCGAGCAGACACUACCGAUGAAGAGCCACAAAUGCAGACGCAGGUUGGGCACGAUCACCGCAGGCAGGUAUCUAAAGAUCGAAAUCUGACUACCAUGCGGAAGAUGAUGGAUGGAGGAAAAACGCGAGUCGAAGAAAAGCGUGCUGGCGCCGGGAUGAGUGGAAAAAAUCUAAAGACGGUAUCUAAUCGCAGGAGCGGAAACACGCCUGUCAAGGCGACACGAGCGGGCGGGGCUGCUGCCCAGCAAAAUCAAAGUACUUCUGGCGUUGCUUCGCGUAGUACAAGAGCGUCUGAAAACAAAAUCAAAACCACCGUCGAAGAUGUGAAGGACAAGAGCACGACCAAAAACAGAGCACCAUCCACCUCUACAAAUACAACUUCCAAGAAGCCAGCAACAAAACCGUACAUGCGACCGUCGUACACGGAUCUCGUCGACGUUGACACUAUGGGAUCUACGAGCUGCAGCAUUGAGCCUCGCAGUGCGCGGUCAUCGGUGCUGUCAACUGCAGCUCCCAGCGCGCGUUCGUCGCGACGAACAGGUGGUCGACAAGGAGUAGAAAGCAACAAAAAGAUCGUGAUUGAUGCGUCAACAAGUAGCACGGCUACCACAACAAGGAGCCAGAAAACUAGUAGUGCUGCCAGCACGCCUGUUGUACAUGGGGGUGGCAAUCAUGUUAUUGCAGCAAGCCCGCACUAUCAUCACGACCAUCACCAGCAAAUCAACUACGGAGGUUACAACAAUUUUGCGGGUCCACCACCUGCAGCAGUGAUGUCGAUGUUGGGACCCGCUUACGCUCAGAAUCCGCAGCAACAGCAUCAUUUGAGCCAGUUUCAGCACGGGCGGAAUGGAUUUCACUUCGCUCAGCAGCACCACUUACAUAGGGUCGAUCAACAGCACCACUUCCAACCACCUGGGCGUAUGUAUCUUCAAGCGGACGCGUCAAAGAGCGAAGAGGACUCACGGGCUUCGACAAUGACAGCUGCAACGCAUCCAGCUCAGACGAUGUUGGGCCUGGGGUCUGUCUUUUUUGGGUAGGAGUUAAAAAACUGCAUUGUUCGGGGGAAAGAACCAGACAUACCAUGGCAUGCAGAACCACGAGCAAAAGUAGCACAACAUGAGAGAGUAUCGCGUAUCAUCUGAAAACAUCUCUAGUCAAAAGAAAGUACUUAGGCUAGUACGCUUGGAAAAAACUGCACAAAUUCAAUACCACUAAAUUUUGGGAAGAGCAGUAUGUUGAGGUCACGUUGCAAUUCUGUUUCGAAGUAACAUCGAAAGAUGAAAGAUCAUUUGUUGAAGAACUAAAAGCUCUAUUGAAAUCUAAAGAAUGCAGCUCGUGUAAGAUAUUUGAAAGGCUAACAUACUGAUAGACCAGAACAAGCAUGCAUGAUCAUACUGAAUGUUAGCGCGAGUUCCACUCCAUAUUCGAGCAAGAGCGACAUCAAGAUCUUUUAAAUCCAAAGAUUGGAGGUACUUAGUUCUUGUGAAUCGAAAUUAUUUUUAUUAUUAUAUUAUAGAACAUAAACGAAAACAUUUCCAUUUCGUAAGAAGGAUGCUGGAUGGCAUGGCAUGGCAUGCAUUGCAUGAGCCGAGGGGGUCAGAGUGCGACCUUCUUAGGGAAGCGACGCGGGGGCGAAGGCUCGGGGCGCGACAUAGGGGGGCCACCGCGUUGCUGUCAGUUUUGCUUCUUGCGUUUGUCUUUGCACAGCGCGCCCUCCUCAUCUUCAGCCACCCCCUUCUCAGUGCGACUGGAGCACGCAGAGCGCCUGGAGCCUGUCCGCGCUUCGUUGCAGUUUGGUGAGAGGUCGGAGCUUCAGGCUUAACCUGAGAUGUAGGUCUAGUGUAUUAUGGCGCAGCCUAUAGGAUAAGUAUAUUUAUAUAUGUACCAGGGAGGGAGGCCCCCCCCCCCGUGGAUGGAUCUUGGGUGGACCCCGCCAGAGGGGUCCAGCCUUGCAACCUUAUUGGCCAGGCCUGUCGAGGGGCUGCCGGGCGCGAAGGCCUCAAAGCGCCCACUUCUGACCCCUUCCCGCUUCUUGCAUGUACCCUACAGACCUGGCAAAGGUGGCAAAGGCUGGGCCCUCUGGUCGUGUUGCGUGUACCCGCCAGAGCUGGCAGACGAGGCAAGGCGGGAGCCCACCCCCUUGGCGUAGGGUUGGGCACAUGCAACACGCCAGAGGGGUCCAGCCUUGCGUGCCACCUUUGCCAAGUCUGUCGGGUACAUGCAGCACGCCAAGGGGGUAGGUCCCGCCUUGCCUCGUCUGCCAGCUCUGUCGGGUACACGCAACACGACAAGAGGGCCCAGCCUUUGCCCCCUUUGCCUAGGUCUGUUGGGUACAUGCAAGAAGCGGGAAGGGGUCAGAAGUGGGCGCUUUGAGGCCUUCCCGCCCGGCGGCCCCUCGAAAAGAGGGGCCGGGGCGGGGAGGCCCCCCCCUCACUCCCUCAAGAAGUUAGAUCGGGGGGGAGGGGGCCUCCCGCCCUGAGCCUUGGAACAUAUAUAGUCACGACUGGGACCUCGACCGCCUUGCUCACUGUUCUCUUGCGCACACAGGCCACGGCGUUUGCGCUGCUCCUUGCUUGUGUCUGGGGCGGGGUCACAGUGGGGCUUUGGGCUGUGCUCGUGUAUCGUAAAGUAAUUCUUCGGCGGAGCAGCCCGGUACUGCGGCGGAACAAGUAUGGCGCCCGAAGGGCGCCGCGGAAAAUUUAUUGCUUUCGGGGUGGUCCAUCCAUGCCAUGCAUGCCGUCCAUGCAAUGCAGUCCAGAAGUUCAGAUAUUGCCUUAGAUUCUAUUAUAAAAAGAACAAGCGGCUCCUGUAUAGAAAAAAACACUUUGGGUAAAGUACUGGAAGUAGUGGAAGUGGAGCAUUGAUUGAUGUAUUGAAAACUUACUCUCUGACGACAAAGGCACGCGCACGACGACUUGCAAUAUAAUGUAACCUAUUCUCGUACGCAUAUCUUGUCUUGUUCAU